AUGAUAAAGACACUCUCACUUGGCGGACAGCGGGUCCCCGUUCCUGGGUUUGGCGCCAUGGGCCUCAAUUCUGCAAUGGGAUCAGACUUCAAUCUUGCACAGUCCGAGCCCGUUCUAUUGAAGGCUAUCGAGUUGGGCUGCACAUUCUGGGAUACCGCGGUUGCCUACAAAAACGGCGAAAAUGAGAAGCUGCUUGGAGAAUUCAUCAAGAAGCACAAUGUUCGCGAUAAGCUUUUCGUGGCCUCUAAGUGUGGAUUUGAUGUCUUCGGGCCCGAACGAAAGGUAACCAACUCGGCCGCCCACAUUAAAGAAUACAUCGAGGGAACAAUCGAUAGACUUGGUUUCACCCCCGAUCUCUACUAUCUCCACAGAAUCGACCCCAACACUCCCCUAGAGGAGUCUAUCGGGGCCCUGGAUGAACUCCGACGUGCCGGAAAAACAAAAUAUAUUGGCCUAUCCGAAUGCUCUGCUGAGACUUUGCGGAAGGCAAACACGAUUGCCAAGAUCGAUGCCGUUCAAGCCGAGUACUCUGCCUUUGAGACAUUACACGAGACCACUGGCCUCAUUGAGACGGCAAAGGAAUUGGAUGUGGCCUUUGUAGCAUUCAGUCCUCUGGGACACGGCUGGCUGGUGGAUGACUUCCAGUUCAAGUCUCCUGAUGAUUUCGCCCCUAAUGACUUCCGACGCACUGUUCCUAAGUUCCAAGGCGAAAACUUCUACAAGAACAAGGCUAUUGUUGACGAGAUCAAGAAGUUGGCAACCCGAAAAGGUUGCACAGUUGCACAGAUUGCCCUGGCCUGGGUUGCUGCGCAGGGAUUGAUUACUAUACCAGGAACGACCAAAGCUUCACGCUUGGAAGAAAACUGGGCAUCUCGUGAUGUCGAAUUGACAGAAGAAGAGUUGAAGGAGAUGCGAGAUAUCGUGGAGGCUGCUAAGCCGGUUGGGGAAAGAUUCUCUGCUAUCUUCCAAUCGAUGGUUGGUCACUAG